ACUAGCGGGAGUUCUUCCUUUAAAAGACCGAUUCUGGGAUCUCUCUUCUCGUUUACUUAUUCGAUGUGAGGUUAUGAACCCACUGGUAAUUGAAAAUUUUGAAAGACUUGUCGAGCUUCAACCCCAAACCAGAUUCAUGACAGUGUAUUUCAAUCACAUGUCACAAGAAAUAACGCCUGCUAGGUAUGCUCCCACAUACGUCAAUAUACUAGAUAUUCCUGAAUCCACUUUAUUCUUCGACACGUCCAUGCAAGCAGAGAUUCGUGGAAUUCCGGAUUAUCUACGCUCGCGGGAGAUCCCUAAAAUAUUCACAAGUAAAUAUCAACACAUAGACUGCCUUAAAAUGUUUUACACUGAUAGUCUCAGCACAAUUGCAGCUCUACGCUCAAAGAGGAUUGAUAAUCACGAUCCAUUUUUUUUGGGGAAGAUACGAGAAUCUCUGAGUAACCUGACAAGAAAAUGUUAUAAAUUUACCCUAGUGUGGCUCCCUGCCCAUUGCUCUAUUGCGGGCAAUGAGAAAGCUAAUAAUUUAGCCAAAAUUGGUGCACUAGAUGGUGAAAUAUAUGAAAGACCCAUCGCUUACAAUGAAUUUUAUAGCGCUUCUCGACAGAGGACACUUGCUAGUUGGCAAACAUCUUGGGACAAUGGAGAUAUGGGACGAUGGCUACACUCAAUUAUCCCUAAAGUAUCAACGAAGGCAUGGUUCAAAGGAUUGGAUGUAAGUCGGGACUUCAUCCGUGUGAUGUCUAGGCUCAUGUCCAAUCAUUAUACUUUAGAUGCGCAUCUCCGUCGUAUUGGGCUCGCUGAGGGUAAUCAUUGUGCUUGUGGAGAGGGUUACCAUGACAUUGAGCAUGUUGUUUGGUCCUGCACUGAAUAUCGUGAAGCCAGAUCACAAUUAGUAGAUUCUUUACAAGUCCGAGGUAGAUCAAUCCAUGUUCCUGUUAGAGACAUCCUGGCGUAUCGCGAUCCUCUAUACAUGGAACUUAUCUAUCAUUUUCUAAAAACAGCGUCUGUCAAAAUUUAAUUAAAUUCAUCUCCUCAUACUCUCAUCCAAGGCUAAUCAUUCACCAAUUAAGGUGUCCUAGAAUAUUUAGUUUUUAAAUUUAGACAAUAACAGAAAAAAAGUAAAUAAAUACACCCGAAAAUACUAGAUCAUUAUGAAAUACAACAAUGUAAGGAAAAAAGCAAACAAUAAAGUGAUUUCAGUGUUAGUUUUAGACAAAGUACUAGUAUAGUUAAAAUUAGUCUUAAGGAUUUUUGUAACGUGCUAUGUAAAAAAAGAAACUGGCGUAAAAAGCUUUUGCAAAUGCCAUGUCAAAUAAACGUAUGGAAAAAAAAAGACGAAGCACCCACUGGACAAUAGGAGACCCAGCCAAUUUUCAAGCGAAUGAGCUUUCUACCAACCGGAAUCAGAAUCAGAAUAUAUUGGCUCAAAUGGCACGUUCCCCGUACAUAGUCGGG